GUCGUUGUCAAAAUUAUCAUUUCUUCCAAGUCAGUGGCGGGUGUGCCUUGUUAGGCUUCCCAUGCCUUUAAAUCAUUCUCUCUCCUCUUCAAUCACAUUUUGCUUGCACUUCUCUCCAAAACCCUUCACUCGCUUUUCUGCACGAGCCCUAGUUAACGCCAUGGCCGGAACACCGGAGAACUUCUCCACCGACGCUACUGCCGACGCUGCCGACGAGGACGUCAAGUUUGGGUUUCAGCGUUCGGAGAUGUACCAGAGUAAACUUGCAGGUACUGCGACCUCCUAUGAUCGUCAUCUGUUCCUCUGUUACAAGUCUCACGAGACUUGGCCUGCUCGCCUUGAAGCUUCUGACUCCGAUCUGCUUCCAAAGUCACUCUCUGCUGCUCUUAAAGCUCGUAAGGAUGACAUCAAAAUCAAGACUCUUUUGACAAUAUGCGAAGUACGUGAUGACAUGGAAGUAUCAGAAGGAGAUAUUCUGAUUUUUCCUGAAAUGAUCAAAUACAGGGAUUUGAAGGAGUCAGAUGUGGAUGCGUUUGUUGAUGAUGUGCUUGUCAAUGGCAAUACUUGGAGCUCUGGAUUGCAGGAGUCGCUGAGUGGUUCUUAUGUGUUUGUCUGUGCCCACAAUCUUCGUGAUCGAAGAUGUGGUGUUUGCGGACCUAUUCUAAUUGAGGAAUUUAGCAAGCUCAUUGAGUCCAAGAGCUUGAAAGACAAAGUUCGUGUGACAGCUUGUUCUCAUAUUGGUGGCCACAAGUAUGCUGGUAAUGUUAUAAUCUUCAGCUCAGGAAAGGACGGGAAUAUUGUUGGCCACUGGUAUGGCUAUGUUACGCCAAGUGAUGUACCUGCUUUGCUUGAUGAGCAUAUUGGAGAGGGAAAAGUCAUUGAACGACUUUGGAGGGGCCAAAUGGGACAAUAUGAGAAGGUAACUGAUAAAGUGGAUGAACAGAAGGUUCCUGAAGUAACCAAUGAAGAAAAGAAGUCUCUUGAAAAUGGAAGUCAGGAGAGUAGUGUAACUAGUUUCAGCUGUUGCCAAGGUGCUGCGGGAGUUUCUUGUUGUAGAGAUGCAAGUGCUGAGCAGAAAGAAAACAAGAAAGGGCAGGGAACAGUUUCAAACUGGUUCGGCAAAUGGGAGCAGCGUGAAAUACUCGCAGCUGUAGGUGUGGUUGGAGCAGUGGCUGUUGUCGCUGUGGCUUAUGGCUUUUACAAGAAGUCACGGUGAAGCAUGUUAACUUGGGACAAACUUUGUGCUCAAGAGUUUUCGGGUAUCUAGGUUUUGUAGAAAGGUAAUAAUGUUCGAGAUAAUCUCGGAUACUGAAAAUGCAUACAUAUUUGGUAUAUUUAGAGAAAAUUAAAUGCGAUGUGUAAUUCGACUAUGGAGAGGAGCUCCUUUGCUCGUUCCCAGUAAGAACUAGAAGGGCUGAUAAAUAUAAAGUGCCAACUAAGUGCUACAUGUAGAAUGAUAGUUUUUUCUUCUCUUGCUUGGGGUCGACGGUGAUUUUAUGUGAUGUGUUAUGGGCAGAUUUGCUUUUUUCUUCUUGUGAAA